AUGGGUAAGGAAUACGCGACUGGAUCUGGGGCACAGUCCCUCAUCUCGGUCCACACCCGGGACUAUGCUCUCGAGAUGCAAAAGUCGCCUUUUGGCGCCGGCACAGAGCCACUGGCUCUCGAGGAUGGCCAUCAACUUAAGAAAGAUCUCAAAUCUCGUCAUAUUACUAUGAUUGCCAUCGGAGGUGCCUUAGGUACAGGUUUGCUGAUUGGUACCUCGUCCUCGCUGGCAAAUGCCGGUCCUGGUAGUGUUUUGGUCUCCUACUCGUUGGUGGGCUUGGUUGUUUAUUUCGUCAUGUGCGCACUUGGAGAAAUGGCCAGUUUCAUUCCUCUUCCGGAAGGCUUUGCUGGUUACGCCAAGAGAUACUGCGACGAGUCACUUGGUUUUGCCGUUGGAAUCUCUUACUUGUGCAAGUACCUCAUUGUUUCGCCUAAUCAAAUGGUGGCAGGCUCACUGGUCAUGCAGUACUGGGUGUCUGCCGAACGCGUCAAUCCUGGUGUCUGGGUGGCCAUUCUCUUAGUGGUGGUGGUCUCCAUCAACUACUUUGGCGUGAAGUUCUUCGGUGAGUUCGAAUUCUGGCUCUCGUCGCUCAAAGUCCUCACUGUGCUUGGUCUCAUUUUGUUGCUGCUUUGCAUCAUGUUGGGAGGCUCCCCAACUCACGAUAGAAUUGGCUUUAGAUACUGGCACAACCCCGGCUCUUUUGCACCAUACAGUGGCAUCGAAAACCAAGGAACAGCAAAGUUCGUCGCAUUUUGGUCUGUCCUGGUGACUGCUGUCUUUGCCUACCUCGGUACAGAGCUGGUCGGUAUCACGUUCGGUGAGGCCAGAAACCCAAGAUAUACCAUCAAGAAGGCUAUCAGACUCACGUUCUACCGUAUCAUCGUCUUUUACGUUCUGUCUGUGUUUUUGCUUGGUUGCUGCGUCGCCUACAACGAUCCACAGCUGAUGACGGCCAAGAGCGCCUCAACCUCGGCAAGUGCUUCGCCUUUCGUGGUUGCUAUUAGAAAUGCUGAUAUCAGCGGGUUGCCUCAUCUAAUCAACGCUUGUGUUCUUCUUUUCAUUUUCUCGGCCACAAACUCGGACCUCUAUAUUGCAACCAGAAACGUUUACGCGCUCUCCGCCAACGGGAUGUUCCCAGAGAUCUUCUCCAGAACAAACAAGCGCGGUGUCCCUGUCUACGCUCUGAUCUUUGCCAGUUUGUUCUGUCUGCUGGCCUUUAUGGUGUGUUCGUCGUCUUCCUCGAAGAUCUUCAACUAUUUCGUCAACGUGGUGUCUAUCUUCGGCUUGAUCACCUGGAUCUCCAUCCUGGUCACCUACAUCUACUUCUGCAGAGCAGUCAAGGCGCAGGGUUACGACAGAAAAAAGUUUAUUUAUUAUGCUCCGUUGCAACCAUACGGCACAUGGUUCUCUCUGUUCUUCUGCUGCUUGAUUUCGAUCACCAAAUCCUUCACGGUCUUUAUUGGCGAGUUUGACUACAAGACUUUCAUCACCUCGUACAUUGGUAUUCCAGUCUUCUUGAUUGCUCUCUUUGGUUACAAGAUCAUCAAAAAGACAAAGACGGUCAAGCCUGAAGAGGCAGACCUUGUCACAUACAAGGAUGUCAUUGACCUAGAAACAGAAGAGUUCGAGAGACUUGAGGAAGAACGCAAGGCAGCCAGGGGCGGCAAGAAGGACCUGGGCUGGUUCUACGAUCACACAGUUGGUUAUGUCUUCUGA